AUGAAGUUCAUCCUCAGCGCUCUCCUCCUCCUAGCCCUAACCCACUCCGUCUCGUCCUCUCCAGCAGAGAAGAGGGACGAAGAAGACAAACCUCGCUGCAGAGCAAACUCAUACUAUUCCGACUGCGGCCCAACCUGUCCCUACGCGCACUGCAUCGAUAAAGGCGAGGGGACGAUCGCCUGCAUUAAUACACUCGUCUGUGUCGCUGGGUGUUUCUGUGAUGAGGGGUUCUAUCGGAAUUGCAAGGGCAACUGCGUCCCCGAGAACAAGUGCGGGAAGAGCGAUGAUUGUGGGAUUAUCUUGCCGGAUGUUAAUUCGUAG